ACUCGUUUUCUCCUCAGUGGCUGACUUCUCUUUUCAUUCAUCAGCCUUGUGCUCCAUGUACUUGUUUAUCAGUAUAUGCACCACGUAUAUUUUAUACUCUUUGCAUGUUUCAAUUUUUGAAGAUCUGGGCUCUGUUAAUAUCCUUCUAACCUCAUCCCAUAUUUGAUUUUAAAGUUCACUGGUUGAUGAAUUCGCCAUUUAACUCGCUUCACUUGAAGAACUGAAUCAGCUUCAGUACUCAGGAAGUUGAUCAGAGUCGUCGGUAGUGAUCAGAAGCCACAACUUGAGUUUUCCAGAUAUGGGUGGGGGAAUUCGCACAAGCGUGAAGGGGUACCUCCUUUCGCAGCGGAUCACUACGGCUUCAGAUACAGUGCAUGCAAACGAGAGCACCAAUAGAAAUUUCACUGCGCCCCAAGCUGCUGAUUCAGAACAAGAGACAAGCACGGACUUGGAUUCAUCUAACUCAUAUUGGCUCAGUAGGUUUAGUGGUAGCAUUCCUUGCUUGCCGAUAUUGGGCUCUGCUUCAAAGAGCAAGGUUUCAAACGGAACUAGAAUCAGAGCUGAGAGUCUGCGUCACAGAGUGCCUUCAACUCCUCGGACAGAAGUUGAGAUCUUGCUAAAGAGCUUCUUUUUUAAUGAACUAAAAACCGCCACCAGGAACUUUCGGCCUGAUAAUGUGGUGGGUGAGGGUGGUUUUGGUACUGUCUUUAAGGGGUGGAUUGAUCAGAAUUCAUUUGCAGCUGCCAAGCCUGGUAAAGGAAUGGCUGUUGCUAUAAAGAGGCUUAACCAAGAAAGUUAUCAGGGUCGGGAGGAAUGGUUUAGAGAAAUUUACUACCUUGGACAGCUGCGUCACCCAAAUCUUGUGAAGUUGAUAGGCUAUUGUUCAGAGGAUAACGAACUGCUUCUUGUGUAUGAAUUUGUGCCCCAUGGCAGUUUGGAGAAUCAUAUAUUUAGAAGGAGUUCUCACUUUCAACCACUUUCAUGGACUUUUCGUAUGAAGAUUGCCCUUGGUGCUGCGAAGGCUCUAGCAUUUCUUCACAAUGAAGCAAAAGUUAUAUAUCGUGACUUUAAAGCAGCUAAUAUUCUGUUGGACUCAACCUACAAUGUCAAGCUCUCUGAUUUUGGUUUGGCCAUGGAUGGGCGAUUAAUUGACAGACACCCAGGUGCCAAAACAAGGGUCAUUGGCACAUAUGGAUGUGCAGCUCCCAAGUAUAUAGAAACAAGGGUCAUGGGCACAUAUGGAUAUGCAGCUCCUGAGUAUAUAGCUACAGGUCGUCUAAACACCAAAUGUGAUGUGUAUGGUUUUGGAGCUGUUAUGCUCGAAUUGUUGUCAGGAAGACGAGUUUUUGACCGAAGCCGGCUACCUGGGGAACAGAAAUUAGUUAAAUGGGCCAAACCUUACCUUGUCAGCAAACAGAGAGUCCUCCAAAUUUUUGAUUCUCAUAUUAAAGGCCAGUUUUCUGUAGCCAGAGCUCUUAAAGCAGUUGACCUUGCAUUUCUUUGCCUAUCAAGAGAUCCCAAGCUUAGGCCAAACAUGAAUAAUGUGGUAAAAACAUUGGAGAAGCUUCAGGAAUCCAGUGACAUGGAUGGCUUGGGGAUCUCUCAAAAUAAACGUCGCCAAAAUCCACAUGUCAGUUUAAUCAUUGGUCCCAAAUAGUACAGGAGAAGUAUCAAUGGAACCAGCAAUUCAACACUGCCUUGAGUUUUUCAUUCAUUCAUUCAUUGGUUCAAAGGGAAUUUGCGUAUUCAGUCCAGAGAAGAAAAACAAAGGAGAACAUGAAUGGCGCAUGUAUAUAAUUAAAUAUUGAAAAUCAUAUCUUGUAAUGAGUAUGUACUGCGACAGUUUAGUGUACAGAUUUUUGUUUUCGUGAACGUCUGCAUGGUUACUUGUCCCUGAAGGCUGAAGCAUUUCUCUUUUCUGGCCCUGGAAUAUGAGGAACAUUAGGUUUGAUCAUCACACCACUUUGUGACAUGAUACUGUCUGGUCUUGCAGCUUAAGCUGAUCAGUAGUCGGGAGUUGAAGAGAGCUGAUGUAGUUUGUUAUGAUUGGCAAUUAGCCUAAUAUUAAUAUCAACAAAUGCAGAGAAGAGCUGAUGUAGUCUGUUACUCUGUUUGAUUGAAAACUUUCUUUCAUUUGUAGUCGGAAAGCCACC